CAAGUUAGAUUAAAUUAAGUUAAAGUGAUGCAAGAAUGCACAUGUUCGUUAGCAAAAUGAAACUGUUUCAAUCAUCUUGCUUCUUAUCUUGUAGCACCAUUCUACACCUAUAAAUUAAUUUUCUCUCAUGUCAAUCAAAACAUAGUAGUACCAAAUUGACAAAUUAUGAAGAUGGGAGGGCAAAUUGGGUAUUUGUGCAUGAUAAUAUUUGGUGUUCUACUAAUUAUGAGCUCAAGUGCUGAAGGUGGUGGAUUGGAGAUGAAUUUUUAUGCAAAAAGCUGCCCAAAAGCUGAAAAAAUAGUGUUGGAUUUUGUUCAUGAUCAUAUCCAUAAUGCUCCUUCUUUGGCUGCUGCUUUUAUAAGAAUGCACUUCCAUGAUUGUUUUGUUAGGGGAUGUGAUGGAUCUGUGCUGCUGAACACAACAUCACCUGAAAAAGUUGGUCCUCCAAAUUUGACAUUGAGAGGCUUUGAUUUCAUUGACAGAGUGAAGAGUUUGGUUGAAGAAGAAUGUCCAGGCGUUGUUUCUUGUGCUGAUAUUCUUACUUUGGUCACAAGGGACUCCAUUGUUGCCACAGGAGGUCCAUUUUGGAAUGUUCCCACAGGCAGGAGGGAUGGAGUGAUAUCAAGAGCCUCAGAAACCACAGCCAUCCCAGCUCCGUUUGCAAAUUUUACUACUCUCCAAACUCUUUUUGCCAACCAAGGCCUAGAUUUGAAGGAUCUAGUCCUGCUCUCUGGUGCACAUACAAUCGGGGUGGCUCAUUGUUCAACAAUUUCGGACCGGUUAUACAACUUUAGCGGAACCGGUCAGACAGAUCCGAGUCUAGACAGUGAAUAUGCCGAAAAUCUAAAGACAAAGAAGUGUCCGAAUCCAAAGGAUAACACUACUAAAAUAGAAAUGGAUCCUGGGAGCCGAAACACAUUUGACCUUAGCUAUUUCUCACUUCUACUUAAACGAAGAGGACUUUUCGAAUCGGAUGCUGCCUUGACCACCAACUCGGUUACCUUCUCGUUUAUUAACCAAAUACUCAGCGGUUCGGUUCACGAUUUUUUUGCUGAAUUUGCUAAGGCCAUGGAGAAAAUGGGUAGAAUCAAUGUCAAAACCGGGUCAGAGGGUCAAAUUAGGAAGCAUUGUGCACUUGUUAAUUAAUCAAGCUUUCAAUUUGUUUUCAUUUCGUAAGUUAUUUAUUUGCUUUUUGUUUUUUACGGCAAAAUAAUGAGUUGAAGGGGUUCAUUGAAAGUGUAUUAUAUUUUAGGGAGCUUUUGUGUGUGUUUAUGAUUAAAUAUUUGGGGUGAAUAACUUUGUUUAUGUUUAUUAAGUUGCUCUUUCUUGUAAAAUUUUGUACCUUAAGUGUAAUAAAAAGACUACAUUUUAUGAGGUCA